AUGGGGGACGGAGAUGAGGGGGAGGAGGAGGAAGAAGAGGAUGAGGAAGAGGAUGAGGAUGAGGAGGAGGAAGAGGAGGAAGAGGAGGAAGAGGAAGAAGGAGAAUAUGAGGAGGAUGAAGAGGAAGAGGGGGAGGAGGAGGGAGAGGAGAGAGGAUGGAAAAGGAAAGAGACUGGGAUGAAGGUCGACGGGGAGGGUGCUGCUGACAUGGCAAAGUUAAAGGUGGCGUGGCUGAUUGAUGAGCUGGCGGUGCUGCGGCCGGCAGCGAUCGUGAAGCUGCUGAACGCGCAGCGGGCGUGGAUAGGGAUGGAGCACGUUGAGGGGGUGGUGAGAGGGCUGCUGGAGAGAAAGGAGACUCUGCGUGCAAUUCGGGCGCUCAAGUGGGCGCGCCAAACCGCCUUCUAUGCACCCAUCCCCGCCCUCUAUGCCGACCUGCUCUCAUCUCAACCCCUGUCCCUUGCCUUUCUUCCUCCUCCACCCCAACUUUCUCCCCCCCCCACUCUCCUUCUCCAGGCGCUCAAGUGGGCGCGCCAAACCGCCUUCUACGCCCCAAUCCCUUCCCUCUACGCCGACCUGCUCGACGCAGCAACGGCCAAUCAGCACGUGCCACGCGCGCAGGAGCUUUUCGACAUGAUGCUGGCCCACGGGCUGGUGCCCCCUAGAAGAAACUACGAGGGGCUAAUCAGAAUGUUCUUAAGAGAAAGCCGGCGGUUGCAGGAGGGGAAGGGCCCGAGUGGGGAAGGGGAUGAGGAAGAUGGAACCGGAGGGGUACUUGUCGGUCGAGAGGGGAGCAGCGCGGUGGAGAGCGGUGGAGAGCCUGGGAAAGGGCCAGGGGGGUUCAAGGGGUUUAAGGAGAUGAAACAGGCUGAGAAGGCGGCGGCAGAGGUGGAGAGGGGUUGGGAGGUGUACCGGCAGAUGAAGCAGUUUGCGGAGCUCACUCCCAGCAGGGCCGUACAGGAGGAGAUCUGGGCAGCACUGACCGGAGGAGGUGUGACUCUCAGGGGCAGCUCUGGGCGACACUUGGUGAAGGCUGAAGAGUUGCUGAGAGACAUGGAGGCUGGGGAGGGGAUGGGGGACGGGGAGGGGGGAGGGGAGGGGGAAAGGGAGGGGGAAGCGGAGGGGGAAGGGGAGGGGGGAGAAGAGGGGGAGAAGGAGAAGGAAGGGGUGCGUUUGGCUAGUGAUUCGCGUGUUCGUGCCGCCCGGUAUGCACUACUGUUGCGCCAUGCCGGCCUUGCAGGUGACGUGGCACGCACCGAGAAUCUUCUGUCACAAAUGCGGGGGGCUGGACUACCGCCGAGUUCCGCCGCCCUCGAAGCGCCAGUUGUCGCGUGCGCAUUGGCUGGAAAGCGGAGGAAGGAUUGGGAGGGAGGGGGGGUGGGUGGGGGAAAGGGAGGUAAGGAGGGGAUGAAAGGGGGAGGGGGAGGAGAAAGGCUGUUGAGUUUGGCGGAGAGAGCUGAAAAGGGGAUUGGAGAGCUUGAGUCGGAAGGUUUUCUGCCCGGGCAGGUGGUGCUGACGGCACUGAUGGAAACUUACAACCACGCCGGGCAGCACGAAAAAGUUUUGCAGGUGUGGCCGAGAGUGGUGGAGGCUGGUAGCAAGUUUUUUAAAAGGGUGAAGAGCGAUACUGGGAAGGCGGAGGGCGAAGAUGAGGAAGGGGAGGAGGAGGAAGGAGGAGGAGGAUUGGAGGGGGAGGAAGGGAAAUUGGAUGGGCGAGGGCAGGGGGCACGUGAUAAAGUAGCAGAGGGCACAGCGGUGAUGGUGAGAGCUUAUAACGCGUUUGUGGAGGGGUUGGUGGGUGCAGGUGAGAUGGGGAGGGCGGAGGAGGUGGUGGGGGAGAUGGCAGCUGAGGGGAUCCCUGGGUUGCACCUGAGGGAGGCUUAUCUGUCACUGCUGAGGGGGUAUGUGCGGAUGGGAAGGGUUGGGGGAGGGGGAGGGGGAGGGCACAGAGAAUCUGGAAAGGAAUCGGAUUUGGGAGGGGGAGAGGGAGGAGGAGUAGUGGAGGGGAUGGGGCAGCGAUUGGGUAUGGGAGAUGGUGGGGAAGAGGAGUGGAAGGGAGGGGAGGGUAGGGAAGAGGCAAGGAAGGCUUUGGAGGCAGUGGGUGGGUGUUUCCGAACCAUGAUUCAGGCUCGGUGCGAGCCGAACCAGGAGGCUUGGAACCUGUACAUCCGGGCGUUGAUUCAGGCGGGGGAGAUUGGAGAAGCUAUGAAGGUGUACAGAGCGAUGCAGAGUGGUGAAGAGGCGACCAAGAAGAGAAAGGAGAAAGGCAAGGGUGGGGGGAAAAAGAAGGGGAAGGGGGUAGCGGUGGGUGCAGGGAUGAGCGCAGAGGGGGGUGAGGGGGUGGGUGAAUCAGGGAGGGUUACGGUGAUUGGGUCGGGUUUGGAAGGAGGUUUGGUAGUCAGGUUCGGGCCGAACCAGGAGACGUACAACAUGGUGAUAGCUGCUGCUGGUGCAGCUGGUGAUGUUGACAUGGUGCGAUCCGUCUACACCGAUUUGAGAGGCGGCAUUCCUCUCGCAGCCCGUGCUCCUCCUGCUGCUUCUGCUGCUGCUUUCGAGGUAGGGGACACAGAGGAAGAGGGGGAAGAAGAGGGAGGAGAGGGAGAAUCAGGGGGGGCAAUGGUGCGAAGCGCGCCUGCAAAGCUUAAAGCCCGGCUACUCGGUCCAGCGAGACAAGCCGCCCUGCGAGCGGUCGGCAGGCGGCGUCUGCUAGCGGAUGAGUCCGCAGGGCUGAAGCUCUCGCAGGAGCAGCGGCAGAUCUUAUCUGGGCUGAUCCUCGCUGGCGCUGACGUGGCGAGCGAUGAUGGGGCCGCGACGGCGGCGGUGCGGUUUGCAGUGGCGGCGGGGGAGGAGAGGAGGGAGCGGGUGAUAGAGCACCUGUAUGAGUUGUUUGGGGAGUGGGCUGUUGGACCUAUCGUGGAGGAGGAAGUGAGUGUGGAUGGGGGUGGGGAGGAGGGUAGUGGGGACGUGAGUGGGGAGGCGGUUGGAAGGAUGGUGGGGAGGGAGGAAGGGGAGGAAGGGAGUGAAAGGGAGGAGGGGGGGAACGGGGGGAGAGAGAGCGAGGAGGGUGACUGGAAGGAGCAGGCAGUGGAUAAUUCCAGGGAGAUGGGCAGCAUGGGCAGCACGGGCAGCAUGGGCAGCUCGGGCAGUACAGUGGGCAGGAGGCAGCGAGUGCUGACGUUCAGCACGGUGCCGCACGCCUCCCUGGUGUUCUACCUGCACCAGUACCGCCCUGAGAAGCAGGACGGGCGGGCCGUGGUGCCUCGUCUCGUGCACAAGUGGCUCACCCCGCGUGCCCUCGCCUACUGGUACAUGUAUGCCGGUCAACGUGGUCAACCCAGUCAACGGGGAAAGCAAGGUCAGCCCGGAGGGUCGAUAAUUCUGGAUGCGGGGAUGUACCAGGCGAAGGAGGUGGCGCUUAUAGUGAAGGCGCUUAAAGCGAGGACGAUUGACUGUGCACAGAGCAAGAGGGGGAAGGGGAGCAAAGGGCAGCGUGCUGUGAGAUUCUCGGGCCCCUCGGCUCAGUUCCUGUGGAAGUUCAUGGAGCCGUUUGUGUUAGAAGAAGUCAAGGAAGAGUUGAACCCUGUGGGUGGAAAUCGGAGCGGAGGAGGGAAAGGGAAGGGAGGGAGAGUGGGAUUGGGGAAGUUCAAUGUGGGGGAGGGAGGGGUGGUGGUGGGUGAGGAGAAGUUUGUGGGCGGUGCAAAGGGUGUGGCAAAGGAGGAGGCAAGGGAGAGUGAGGAGGAUCGGCGGGAAGGUUGGGUGAGCCUGACUCGAGCAGUGAAGGAGGCAAAGCAUGGAGGUUACGAUGGUUGA